AUGGUCAAUGGGGAGACACACACCAGAACAUUGAACAGGGUCAACAGGAGAGCAGCGCUUGGUCCCAAGUCCAGGGUCAGGAGUCAGUUAAUCACGGUCACGCACAAAGCCAGCCACAAGUUUCGUGGAAUGAUCAAGAAGGUAGCCAGCAAGAACCUCGUUGCACCAGGGAAGGUUUUUUCGGACACCCGGAUGAUUGCAACAAGUUCUACAGAUUACCCGUAUGCCGUAGAAGGGCGGUGCAAGAAUGCAGUGCCUGGCCCCUCCCAACAACCAAUAUUCCCUGAACAACCCCAAGGAUGGCCGCAACAGGGUAGCGGAGGUGGUCGACCAGGCGGAACGUUGCCGCAACAACCACAGCGGUGGCCACAACAGGGCACUGGAGGUAGCCAGCAGCCUGGAGGUAGUGGAGGAGAUGGACCGCUGCCAGGUGACACAAGACCUGGUGACACAAGGCCUGGUGAUAUUGGGUCCAGUAACCCGAGACCGGGCGACACACGACCGUGUGACAAUCAAACUACCCCGGGGCAACAAGGUGGUUCAGCAUCCGGACAAGGAACUCCUUCAAACAAAGACUUACCAUGCCCCAGGGAAGUCUUCUACCGCAACCCUCAUAACUGUUACAUAUUUUAUCGGUGUGUGAGGCGCGAAGGCGGAAGUGACUUUGACGUUUACGAAUUCAACUGUCCCGAUGGACUCGUCUUCGACGAGAGGUACAGCGUAUGCAACUGGCCAUACCAAGCACCCCCCUGCGAAGAAAGUCACGCGGCCCAAAUUGUACAGCCCGGGCAAGGUGGUCAAGGGCAAGGGGGAUAUCCAGGUCAAGGAGGUCGGCCAGGCCAGGGAGGUACACCAGGUCAGCCAGGUAGUCCAGGACGACCAGGAACGGCUGGCACUCCGGGACGACCAGGCAGUCCAGGAACACCGGGGACGGGUGGUAUACCGGGACGGCCAGGUACUCCUGGAACACCGGGGACGGGUGGUAUACCGGGACGGCCAGGUACGCCGGGAACACCGGGGACGGGCAGUGCACCGGGACGGCCAGGUACUCCAGGAACACCGGGGACGGGUGGUACACCGGGACGGCCAGGUACUCCAGGAACACCAGGCACGGGUGGUACACCAGGACGGCCAGGUACUCCAGGAACACCCGGCACGGGCGGUACACCAGGACGGCCAGGUACUUCGGGAACACCGGGGACGGGUGGCACACCGGGACGGCCAGGUACUCCGGGAACACCAGGGACGGGUGGUACACCGGGACUGCCAGGUACUCCGGGAACACCAGGUACGGGUGGUACACCGGGUCGGCCAGGCAGUCCAGGACAAGGAGGCCUACCAGUUCAACCAGGACAGGGAGGAUGGCCAGUUCAGCCUGGACAGCCAGGUGGUCCUGGACUACCAGGGCAACCUCCUCUGCCAGGUCAGCCAGUACCAGCACAGCCUGGAGGCCGACCAGGUCAGCCAGGACAGGGAGGCAGCCGUGGGCAAGGUCCACAACCAGGACAAGGAGGCCAGCCUAGUGGCUCCAGUCCAAGUCAUCCAUCGGGAGACGAGGGCGGCCGCGAACAAAGGCCAUCGUGCCCACAGGAAGGUUUCUUCAGACAUCCUCAAAGCUGCUACCGCUUUUAUCGUUGCGUGAGCGGUAAUAGCCAAGGCAAUUUUGUAAUCUACGAAUUUAAUUGUCCAGAGGGGCUUGUGUUCGAUGAACGUUACAGCACGUGCAACUGGCCAUCCGAUGCGCCACCAUGUGAUGGCGCGGCACCCCCGCCUGUAGGCCAAGCACCCCCUGCACCUAGUCAGCCAGGUGGUCCUCCUGUGGGGCCAGGGCGACCUGGAGCUCCAGGACAACCAGGGCAGGCUCAGCCAGGCCAGCAAACAGGACAGGGGCAACCAGGUCAGCCAGGACAACCUGGUCGACCGGACCGACUGCCAGGCCAGCCAAGACCAGGGCGGCCAGGUCAAGGGCAACCUGGACAGUCAGGGAGACCAGGGCAACCUGUACUACCACCGCAACCAGGCCAAGGACCGCCAGGCCGUCCAAGGCAGGGAGCACCAGGCCAGCCAGGACCAGCACAACCGGGACAAGGGCAACCUGGCCAGCCAGGGCAACAACGCCCGCCUGGUUCAAGCCAGCAAGGUGGACCCAGCAGACUUCCAUGUCCUCAAGAAGGCUUCUUCCGACAUCCUGACAACUGCCAUCGGUUCUACCGCUGUGUUGACACUGGCAGCGGUUUCGUGGCCUAUGAAUUCAAUUGUCCCGAAGGCCUUGUAUUCGAUGAACGGUAUAGCACUUGCAAUUGGGCUGAUGCGGCUCCUCCUUGCGAUGAAAGGCCACCGCUCGGCAUGCCUGCACCUGGUGGUGGCGGAAGGCCUCAGCCUAGUCCUGGACAGCCUAGUCCUGGACAGCCCAGUCCCGGUCAGCCCAUGCCGCGUCCUCCCAGACCUCCGCAGACGCCACCGCCCAUUGCCACACCUACUCAGCCACCGGCAUCACCACCAAGCAGGCCUCAAACACCAAGCCUGCCAGCAGGCACCACCCCUCCGGGAACUACCGGCCCCAUGACAGAAAGCACUCCUGUUACACCCGGCACUGGCAGCACUCCCACUGAGAGUACAGGGGCUACUCCAACAGGAACAGCAGGCACACCUACCGACAGUACAGGAACUACGCCAGGAGGAACUGCUAGUACACCAACAGAUAGCACAGGAACAACUCCUUCGGUGACCACUGAGACAGGCACAACUGGAACAAUGCCAUCUUCACCAGGAAGCACUCCUACCAUGCCACCUUCCUCUGAAACGACGCCCACAGGUACCGGUAGCUCUGGCGCUGGCACGCCAAUUACCGGCGAAGGCGGCCCGACGCAAGCCCCUCCACAGCCUGGUUCUGUUCCUGGAGGUACGCCCAACGUGAGAGACCCCAAUGGACAUCCAUCGGGCUUGAACUGCCCCCGAACAGGCUUCUUCAGGGAUCCAAGUGACUGCACAAAAUUUUACCGCUGUGUCGACUUUUACAUGACAGGCCGAAAUUAUGUAGUAUAUCGCUUUGAUUGUCCCGAGGGAACUGUCUUCGACGAAAGAUACAGCGUAUGCAAUUGGCCUGACCAAGCCGCGCCUUGCGACCAGACACCUGGCUCACAACCAGGACAGGGUCAACCAGGACAGGGUCAACCAGGACAGGCCCCACCAGGACAGGGUCCACCAGUGCAGGGCCAACCAGGACAAGGCCAGCCACCUCAAGGACAACCAGCGCGCGCAUCGAGGCACCCUAUCCAAUGCGCGCGUGGCGCGCCAUCUGUCGGGGCAGCGCCGUACAUGGAGAGGAGGGGGUCUUCUGUGUUUGCCGCAAGAUGGCUCUCCGUGUGCGGAAAGCGCAGAAGAAAUGCAGCGAAACGCCACAGAGGUCCUCAGCCGCCCCAAGGUCAACCAGGUGGCGGUCCACAAGGUCCAGGUCCCGCACCACCAGCCACUGACGUGACGUCGCCUCGAGAGCCCACGACCCCCGAAGCAUCGGGUCUCUCAUGCCCCGAUUCUGGAUUCUUCAGGAAUCCUCAAGAUUGUCACCGAUUCUACCGGUGCGUCGACCAGUCUGAAAGUGGACGAGGUUUUGUUGUCUACGAAUUCAGCUGCCCAGCUGGUUUAGUCUUUGACGAGAGGAUUAGUGUAUGCAACUGGCCACAGGAUGCGCCUCCGUGUGAAGGUGGUCAAGGACAGGGGCCUAGUAUAGGUGCUGCACCAGUACCACCAAGCAGGCCACCGAGCCAACCACCUAGCCGUCCUCCAAGUCGACUACCGAGCCAACCACCUAGCCGUCCCCCAAGUCGGCCACCGAGCCAACCACCUAGCCGUCCCCCAAGUCGGCCACCGAGCCAACCGCCUAGCCGUCCCCCAAGUCAGCCACCGAGCCAACCGCCUAGCCGUCCACCAAGCCGGCCCCCGAUCCAGCCACCGAGCCGUCCUCCAAGCCAGCCACCGAGCCAGCCCCCGAGCCAGCCACCGAGCCAACCUCCGAGCCAGCCGCCAAGCCAGCCGCCGAGCCAGCCGCCUAGCCAGCCUCCUAGCCAGCCGCCAAGGCAGCCUCCAAGCCAGCCACCUAGCCAGCCACCUAGCCAGCCUCCGAGUCAGCCGCCCAGUCAACCCCCAAGUCAGCCACCGCAAGGAGAGAGUUGCAGGCCACAGUGCAGCAGGACCGGCUUCUUCCGCAACCCAAGCGAUUGCACCAAGUUCUAUCGGUGUGUGGACUUCUACCAGGACGCCACAUACGUAGUGUUCAACUUUGACUGUACCGCGGGUCUCGUGUUCGACGAGCGUUACAGCGUCUGCAACUGGCCCCACGAUGCACCGGCAUGCGAUGGCUCUUCAGACCCAAGUGCCGCUGGCAGCUGCGCACCAUCUCCUGGUCCCUCCCCGCCACAGCAGCCCGGUCCACCACAACAGCCGCAGCCUGCACAACCUCAACAGCCACAGCCUCGACCACCUCCAUCACACCCAAUGCCUCCACCCCGACCAGCCGACUCUUCGGUAUGCAGCAGGGAGGGGUUCAUAAGGGAUCCUGCGGACUGCCACAAAUUCUACCGGUGCGUUGACACCUACCAGGAUGGAAGGUUGACCGCUGUCCAUUUUGACUGCCCUGCGGGACUCGUGUUCGACGAGCGAUACAGUGUCUGCAACUGGCCUCGCGACGCUCCACCAUGUGAUGACCAGCCUCAGCCGCCACCUCAGCCACCGCCUCAACCGCAGCCUCAACCACAGCCUCAACCACAGCCUCAACCACAGCCUCAGCCGCAGCCUCAGCCGCAGCCACAGCCCCCGCCUCGACCAGAACCAAUUGAAGCAACUACAGCGCCUUGCGACAAGACAACUGCACCAUCCUCAGAAACGACACCUCAAGUCACAAUGCCCUCGAAAGCUACACCUUAUGAAGCGUCGACACCGUCUGAAGCAACAACGCCCUCUGAAGCAACAACGCCCACUGAAGCGAUGACGUCACCUGAAGCCACGACCCCAGAGACCACAAUGGCACCGACGACGGCCGCGACCACUCCAGCCGCCACGACCGAAGCGCCGUCAACGCCAGCGGCCAGCACGAUGGAGCCCACGACGACGCCGUCCAGUCGCCAGCCCAAAAAGCUCGACGAUCUCAUCCUGUGUGACAAGGAUGGCAACUUCGCAUUUGACGGUGACUGCGUCCAUUUCUACCGCUGCACUGGCGGGAAAUCCGAAAAGGCCGAGCUGUUCAAGUGCCCCGACAAGUACUACUUCGACACCAAGAUCGGCUUUUGUCGCCGAAAGAGGAAGAACUUCAAGUGCGACAAGACACCGUCGCCAGACUUGAUGGCCCAUCUUCCUCCGGACUUCAUGCAGUCCGCCAUAGUGGCCGGACCUGGUUUCUUGUGGGACUGAUGAAUAGGACAUUUAGCGUACGUGCGCUGGAGCAAGAUAUACAUGCGUAGCCGAACACUUGGCGAUUCGAGAAGUGCUAGCCGUUUCCUCUUAAAGCUUAAAGGGUCCAGUCAUUCAUCAUAGAGGUCCUCGCCCAUCUGUCAUUCCUACUUCUCACUCUCAUUUGCCGACGGGUCCAUUUUGGCACCGCGGCUGCUCGGGGCCUACUUAAUCAUGUGGUUUUAUUAAAAGCACAAAGCUGGUGCGGAGAGAGGAAAAAGGCAGGACAGCCAAGUGUCAUAAACGGCUUCCUCCGCUGCGCUUUAGAACCGCCAGAAGUUCGGUGUCGUCAACGAGAAGGUACUGGUAGCCCCACCACGGCAAUAUGGACGCGCUCGCCAUAUGUGCUCUUGUAUAUCUUUCCCGCACAGCAACGCGUGGCCAACGAGCUCCGUCGCCCACCCUGUACACGAUAGUUGUUCACAACACUUUGCUUGCCGGCCGUAUUACUUGAUUUGCCGCGUAAAACAUUCCACCGAUAGCAAGAACACAAAAAACACGUGUAGAUACUCUGGGGGCAUUCCAGGACAACCUGCUAGGCAAAUACGCAUUAUUCUUUUUUACCCGUGUCGCGAGUAGGUUCUCAAGACGUGGUUGCUUUCUGGUCUCACUAUUUAAGAACGACUAUGAAAGGAACUGUAUCAGUAUUGGACGUGAGCCCAGCCUCAGGUGGCGUUGAGACGUGCGUCGAGAGUACGGCGUGUCCGCCAGCUCACCGUGCUGAUCACAAGCGGAACAGGGGUUUGUAGAGUGGUUAGGCUAAUCAUUGUCUGACAUUAAAGGAAUACUUCAUGCCACGUUGUUGCUUCCGUGCUUGUGAAUGAUUUCGGGCAGGAUGGCUCUUUUCUCUUUCUUUAGACUGAAUAUCUUCGACUUCAAAACAAAAAACAAACUUCUUUUUCUGUGGUUUAGUGUUUCCGUUCUUGCGCUUCCUUACAUCAGUCUGGCCUGCACAGACACCAGCUUCUCUGUUCUGCUUUCCAAUGUCGAGUGCCUUCAAGUUUGUAAGAGCUAACCUUCGAGUCUGUAGCUUCAACGUGCUUCACCACUGUCAUUGCAGCCAACAAGAAUGGCGUGUUUGCGCAAUUAUAUGCGCCUUGUUCUUUUUUCUCACACUCAUUCUAAUAAAAUUAUAGAAGUUACUUGGAUCCCGCAUUCAUUUUUCUAUGCUCACAUUUUUGUUUAGCAUAAACAGACGGUGGUGUUAGCAAAGAAGCAACCUUCAAAUUACAACUGCAUAUGCUUUGAUGCUCUGUUGAAAAAGAGAGUGACCUCUAGAACCUAACAGUACGUGAGAUCUGAGUUUUAGUGACAAUUUUUAUUCAGAACAGUGGAGAUUUUCGCGACGAAUGAAUUCAUUCAUUCGUAUUCGUGAAAAUCAGUGCUUUCCGCGAAUAUGUUGUUUCUGGUAUACGUAGUUGGAGGGAGAGACAUUUAGCGUCGAAGCAAGCCUGACGCAUACCUUCUGCUAUAAACUGUUUCUGGACAACAUGAGGCAUGCCUGUAAUUACCGCGUCUCAGGGCUCUCAGAACGAAUAAAAUGCGGCAUCCAA